AUGGCCUAUAAUUCCCAGCUCUUCAUUAUCCUUGCCACUCUAGCACUAGUUUCCCCUUGUAUGUUGGCUACUGAAUUCAUUGUUGGUGAUGAUAAAGGCUGGACCAUCAAUUUUGACUACCAAGCUUGGGCUCAGGGAAAGCAGUUCUAUGUUGGUGACAAACUUGUUUUUAACUAUCCAAAAGGAGCUCACAAUGUGUUCAAAGUGAAUGGGACUGGUUUCCAACAAUGUGCAGCUCCAUUAGACUCUGUGCCAUUAACAAGUGGAAAUGACGUGAUCAGCCUUGCAACCCCAGGGAGAAAAUGGUACAUUUGUGGUGUUGCCAAGCAUUGUGCAGUAGGGAACCAGAAGCUUCUGAUAACUGUGCUGCCAUCUUCUCUUGCCCCUAGCCCAAGUCUCACUGCCUCAAGCCCUAGCACCUCAAUCCCCUACACCUCUGCAGCAAGUGCAAGUCUUGGAACAAAAUAUUGGUGGAUGAUGGCUGUUUUUGGCAUUCUUGGGAUGCUCAUGGCUUAA